UGGCCCGCGGGGACAGCGGGAAGCGCCGCGCCCCCGGACGCCCGCGCCACCCCCGGGGGCCGCCCCAGCUCCGUCCACCUGCUGCAGGCGCGGAGCCGCCGCCGCGCCGGCCCCUCCGCAGGGUUCCCCCAAGCCCCCUCAGCCCUUACAGUGCGGGGAAGGAGGGCCAUUCUGUUGCCCAGCGGGAGGACUUUGUAACCCACGCGUCCAAGUUAGGGGACGGUAAAGUGCUCGGCCCCUGCACCCCCGUCGGCACCAGGGUGCUGGAGAGGCGGGGUGCCGUGCGAGCCGACGGAGAGGCUCCAGCCCCGGUGGCCAGUCCCGGAACCUAUCCCUCGAAUUAGCCGAGUCAGGCAGAGAGGGGGCGGGGAGUGCUUCCGCCCUUGCUAGGAGGGGCUGCAUUGCAGGGGAGACCCGGCGGCCGAUUCAGUCACAAAGGAGGGAGAAGGCGUGAGGAGACAAAGCCGUCACAUCCCUAACGGCUUCCUUCAGGACCCUCCUCCUCUCCAGUCCAGAGCCGACCCCCGAGCCCCUGAGGCAUCCUCUCCAUCUUCGGAACAUCCUAGUCAUUCAUUGAUAACAGGGAAUUAUGAGAGACCCUGUGAGUAGCCAGUACAGCUCCUUUAUUUUCUGGAGGAUGCCCAUCCCGGAACUGGAUCUGUCGGAGCUGGAAGACCUGGGCCUAUCAGCUACAUCUACCUACAAGAGCAAGGAUGGCAGCAGCGGCAGCAAAAUGGGUGGGCAAGCCACUGGAGCGGAGCGGAAGAGCCCUGACGGUGACCCUCUCCUCGAGUACACCACCUUCAACUUCUGGAGAGCCCCCAUUGCCAGCAUCCACUCCGUUGAGUUGGACCUGCUUUAAGGCCAAGCCUUCCCUCUCCCACCACUGACCCCUACCAUCUUCCCUUUUAAGGCCUCUCCCCUCUAAGCCUUCCACUUUACUCUUCUUGUUCUCUUCUCUAUUGUGCUGGUGGUGCUGAUGAAUCUGCCAAUUGAAUUGUAUGUUUGUAUGUAUGUGUGUACUUAUUUAUCUAUCUAUUUAUUUAUUUAUUUAUUUAUUUAUUUAUUUAUUUAUCUGCCUACUCCAUUUCCCUCAAACCCUCUAGGUACAAAGUCAAGGGUUUAAUCAAUGGAGUACUAAAUCAUAGGGGUUCCUCCCCACAACCCUGACAAUAUUAACUAAUCCCAGAAAACUGCCCUUCCUGGGGGCACCAGAGAGAAGUACAGUUAUGCAAAGUGGGAGGCUGAUUUUGUUGUUGUUACAUUUUAAUCAGUGUCCAAGAUAGUUGAACUUCCCUGAUUUCCUGCACCAUGCCAGUAAGCAAAUAUUUCAAGAAGUAGUGAGACAAUUUCUACAAAACAGGAUUCCUAAAAGGCUGAGGUACUAAGUUCUGCUGCUUCUUCCCCAGAAACAUGGCAGUAGUUAGAGGUACAGAACAAGAGCAAAUAGUUCAUCCUGGUGAAUGGAAAUGAGGAAAAGCAUGGACUCAUUUCAGAAAUUUUUCCUUUAACAUCCACCUCACAACUCUGCCCUCAGCUGUGGGUUGGUAGAAAUGUUCAGAAAAUCAGAUUUGAGAGUUCACAGGAAAACCUUACUGUUAUAUAAUUUGUAAAAGGCAAAAAGUUUAUAAAAUCUAAAAAAAAAAAAAACAGUAUUAUUGGAUAGUUUACAUAAAAUUGUGAUUUUGGUCAUGGAACAGGCAGAGUGCUUUGGUCCUUUGUGUUUCAGCCUUGCCUUUCUGUAGCUGAGUGUGGUAGGAAUCAGUGGUUCCUGGGCAUAGUUCUUCAGCUACCGUAAGCAACCACAGGCAGACCCCACACCUGUCCCCGUUUCUUCCAAAAUGACUGCAGCUGGACUGUGCUGCCAUUCAUUCAUUUAUUUAAUAAAGAUGUUAAAUCCUAA